AUGAGCGACUUUCAGAAGGAGUUUGUCAAGUCGCGGCUCGCCAAACUGCCGCCCGAAGCCCCUCCAUUGCUCGACGACGCCGACGACACGGCUGCCCCCCAUCAUGACGAUGACUCGUCUUCGGCCUCGUCGGCGUCCUCGACAGGUACGGUUGUUCCAUCUCCGGGAAAGAAUCUCUUUGCCAGGCCGUCAGGUCUAUCCCCGAGACAACGCCCCAGUUCGUUAAGUUGGACAGACUUCUACGCCCGCGAGCUCUUCUUAGAAGAGGACGUGGGCGACCUGCACAUUGUCCACCAUGCGUACAUCACUCCGCCCACGGGGUCGGGCCCGCUGUUCGUGAUGCACCACGGCGCAGGCUCGUCGGGCCUCUCGUUCGCGUCUUGCUCGGGCGAGAUUCGAAAGCUGCUGCCUGAGGCGGGCAUUCUCUCGGUAGACGCUCGAUACCACGGCAGCACGACGGUGAGCGGCGCGAAAGGCCAUGAGGAUGAAAAGAUCGAGCCUGACUUCCGGCUCGAAACGCUGAGUCGCGAUCUGCUCUUCGUCAUCGACCAGACGCGGUCGCAGAUGGGCUGGGAGACCCUUCCAGACUUGGUCUUGGCUAAUGGGUGUAAUCUUAGGAUCGGCGAUGGACGCACUUCAGAGUAUGGACAACUACCUCUCUACGCGACCGAAGAGCUUUCCGUCGUUGAGUUCCGGAAUCGAAUGGCACACCCGCUCUCGAACAAUCCGCAAUACCACGUCAGCACGGGUCUCUGUGCCCUCAUUGCUCCGAGAAGAAGAGAACCCCGCCGACCCAUCGCGGCCGUGGGUGUGGAGGACGAAUUUGGAGGAUACGAAGCCAUUCUGGGAGGGAUGGUUCGUGGGACUGAGCAAGAAGUUUCUCGAAGCCAAAGGAGGAAAGCUCCUGCUGCUGGCUGGGACGGACCGGCUGGACAAGGAGCUGAUGAUUGGGCAGAUGCAGGGAAAGUAUCAACUCCAGGUGAUCCCCGACGCGGGACACUUCAUCCAAGAAGACCAACCCAGCAAGACGGCUCAGAUCCUGGUGGACUUCUACAAGCGAAACGACCGCAGCGCGCUCGUCCUGCCGCCAAAGUAUACAAUUCUAAGCUAUUUAAAAAAUUUAGUUCUAAGGCUGGGCUUAUGGUACGACAAAGGGGGCCAUAG